AUGCCGUUUGCAAAACGUUGCACAAAGUUAAAACCUCCCGGCCCCGAAAAACCGAAUUUGGCAGUUUUCACAAAAAAUCCAGUUGACAAGAUUGCUGCUUUGGCAAAGGCAGCCAAUGUCCAAUGUGAGUCUUACUGGCCUAGCCUCUAUGCUAAGUUGUCUGAGAAGAUUAACAUUAAAGAUUUGAUCACCAGCGUUGGUGCUGGUGGUGGCUGCAGGGCUGCUGCUUCCGUUGCUGUCUCUGCUCCAACAGGUGGUGGUGCAAAAGCUGCUGAAGCCCUUGCUGCUGAGGAGGAGAAGGAAGAGAAAGAUGAGAGAGAUGAAGAUAUCCGAGGAAUGUUUGAUAUUUUAUUUAGUUGCUUCUGUUGCUAG